AUGGUGACAUUCGAGCAAUAUAUGGAGCAGGCUACCGCUGGGGGCGCGGAUCGACAGCUCCCCGGCUGUGUUGUGCUGGCUGCAAAUAAAGAUGGUAUCGCGUACUCCAAAAGUUUUGGCCCGCAGUCGGUAGACCCAGCCUCACCACUGUCGGAUAAACCCAUGACCCCGGAUACUACGAUGUGGAUAGCGUCCUGCACAAAGCUCAUGACAGCCAUCUCUGCUAUGCAGUGUGUCGAGAGGGGGCUAUUGAACCUAGACGACGAUGCCUCUGCCAUCCUUACCGAAUUCAAGAACCCCGACAUCCUGGUCGGAUUUGAUAACGAUACUGGGAAGCCUAUAUACGAGAAAGCAACGGGUUUUAUCACUCUUAGGAUGUUGCUCACACACCAUAGUGGUUUGGGAUAUCCCUUUAUCCAACCCAAACUAGGGCAAUUCUCAAAGUAUGCAAAGAGAGAUGCGGAAUUUGGCUCCAAGCUUCUUACCGAAUCUUACCUUUUUCCGUUACUGUAUGAGCCUGGAACUUCCUGGUCAUAUGGCGUUGGCCUCGACUGGGCCGGGCUGAUGGUCGAGCGGGUGACUAGCCAAACCCUUGGCUCAUACAUGGAAGAAAAUAUCUUAAAACCUCUUGGGAUGGACUCCACUUCUUUUGAUAUCAAAAAUCGAGCCGAUAUUCUAUCUCGACGUGCAGAUAUGUCACUGAGGACUGCCGACGGGGCUGUAGUGCCUAGCCCAACUCGAUUCUUCUCUGACAACGCCCCUGAUCAUCACGGAGGGGGAGGCAUAUUCUCUUCUCCGGGAGACUAUGUGAAACUGCUAAUAUCUGCACUGAAGAAUGACGGCACUCUAUUAAAACCGUCUACCAUGGAUGUUCUAUUUGCACCUUGCCUACCACCCGAUGCGAUAACUGAGCUACGAAACAAUAGGAGGACCCAGUAUAAGACCUUUCGAGAGAGUAAAGUAGGUUCCACCGCAGUACUCCAAGUAAUUCAGCCGGAGGAAAUGAAUUAUGCGCCCGGUGGUCAGAUAUCAGAGAAAGAGUGGUUAGGUGGUCGAAAAGCCGGAAGCAUGUCUUGGAGUGGCUUGCCCAACCUCAACUGGGUAUUAGACCGUGAAUCAGGCAUUGCUCUGCUAUUUUCCGCUCAAUUAUUGCCACCUGGAGAUGCUGCAAUCAAGGCAGCCUUUGAGAGGUUUGAGUACGCAGUAUAUAAUGGGGAGCUUGGAAAUAUCGGGCAUCAGAACUAG